GAAAGGUCAUACGGAAAGGGCUACUUGUUUUGUUUUUUUAAAUCCUCGAGAUACGGGACUGAUUAUUUUUUUAAUAAAUAUGUCAUCUGAUAAAUUAAUUGGACCCGCUUUACCCCCGACGUUCGGAAAGGAGAGCUCUGAAAGCGACGAAAGUGACGAAGAUUUCGCUGGUCCUGCUUUACCUCCCGAUUAUAAGCGGGAAGAACCGUCGAGCUCCUCGGAUGAAAGCGAGCCGGAGGUGGCGUCCAAACGAGCCAGGACUGGAGGAGCAGAGGUGGACACAGGUGAUGAUGAUGAUGGUUUCUUUGGACCAGCCCUGCCACCAGGAUUUAAAAAGCAGCAGAGUUCACCAAAAAGGCCACCUGUGCUGGGACCAGCUUUGCCCCCUGGGUUUUCCCAAGCACACAGCGAUGAUGAAGAUGACGUUCUUCCAGGACCUGCGCUGCCCCCAGGGUACCAGGCAGAGCCCUCCAGUACUGAGGAGGAGGAGGAGGAUGUGAUUGGACCCAUGCCAGCUAAAGGACCUGUUGAAGACUCUGUGGCUCUUGACUUUGAGCGCCGAGCACAAAGGAUGAAAGAGAAACUGACAAAAGAGGAUGCUCCUGAGGUGGUGACUAGAGAAACGUGGAUGACGGAGCUCCCACCAGAGCUGCAGCACAUUGGCUUAGGAGCUCGAACUUUUAAGAAAAGGUCGGGUCCAGAGAAGAAUGAUCGCUCCGUGUGGACGGAUACUCCAGCAGACAGAGAGCGAAAGGCCAGGGAACGCCUUGAAGGCAAGAAGACUGGGGAGGCAAAGAAAGAGGAAGUCCCACAAGUUUCUCCGAGGGAGUUUGAAAUGGCAGAGAAAGUGUCUAAAUAUAAUGAAUCUAAACGAGCUGAGUCCCUGAUCAGCAUGCACACAAAGAAGAUGAAGGAAAAAGCAAAGGAGAAAGCUGACGAACCGGUGGAGAGGCGGCCGUUUGAUCGUGACGCAGACCUGCAGGUGAAUCGAUUUGAUGAGGCCCAGAAACAGCGGCUGUUGAAGAAGUCUCAGGAACUGAACACACGGUUCUCCCACAGCAAGGACCGAAUGUUCCUGUAACCUUUGGCCUAAAGGGUUUCUAUACUAAGAACUGUUUCUACAGAUACAUUUUUUUUUGUCUGGGACAUAAA